GCCAACCACGAGCAAAGGCGAGCGAAGGCGUGGCGGUCGGGUGGGAAUAUGAACUCUGCUCAACUGCGUCUGCCGGACCUCAGAGGAGCUCGAGUAAAAUUCCUGCUGAACAACUGAUAGCCAGUCCAGCGUGACGGAGUGCGCGUGACAUAACAAACAUGUCCCAGCAGGCAGCGAACGGGGUCCCGUGCAGGGGCAAGGUGCUUACUUUGGACAACAUGAACCCCAAUGUGAGGCGGGUCGAGUACGCGGUCCGUGGUGCUAUAGUCCAGCGGGCUGGGCAGAUAGAGAAGGAGCUGAAAGAGGGAGUCAAGAAACCUUUCACAGAAGUCAUCAAGGCUAACAUAGGCGAUGCCCACGCCAUGGGUCAGAAACCAAUCUCAUUUCUCAGACAGGUCUUGGCUCUGUGUUCUUACCCUGAACUCCUGGAAGACAACAAGUUUCCAGAGGAUGCCAAGCACAGAGCGCGGCGUAUUCUCGAGGCCUGUGGUGGCCACAGUAUAGGGGCCUACAGUGCUAGCCAGGGCAUUGAGUGCGUUCGUCAGGAUGUGGCGCGCUACAUAGAGAAGAGAGAUGGUGGAAUCCCCUCCAACCCUGACAACAUCUACCUCUCCACUGGAGCCAGUGAUGCCAUUGUGACCAUGCUGAAGUUGCUGGUGUGUGGCGAGGGCCGUGACCGGACAGGAGUAAUGAUCUCCAUCCCCCAGUACCCUCUGUACUCGGCCGCCUUGGCAGACCUGGGUGCCGUGCAGAUCAGUUACUAUCUGGACGAGGACAAGUGUUGGAGUCUGGAUGUCGCAGAGCUCAAGAGAGCCGUCGAUGCAGCCAGGCAGCACUGCAAUCCCCGCGUCCUCUGCAUCAUCAACCCCGGAAACCCCACUGGUCAGGUCCAGAGCAGACAGUGCAUCGAGGAUGUGAUCCGAUUUGCUAAAGAGGAGCAUCUCUUCCUCAUGGCUGAUGAAGUCUACCAGGAUAAUGUGUAUGCAGAGGGCUGUAAGUUUCACUCCUUUAAGAAGGUGUUGUUUGAGAUGGGACCAGCAUACUCCAGUACAGUGGAGAUGGCCUCCUUCCACUCUACCUCCAAAUGCUACAUGGGAGAAUGUGGAUUCCGUGGAGGCUACAUGGAAGUGAUUAACAUGGACCCUGAAGUGAAGGCUCAACUUACAAAACUGGUGUCUGUGCGUCUUUGCCCCCCCGUUCCAGGACAGGCUCUCCUGGACCUUGUGGUCAACCCCCCGCAGCCUGAUGAACCCUCCUACAACACAUUUAUGAAGGAGCGGACAGCAGUGUUAGCAGCUUUAGCAGAGAAGGCCAGGCUGACGGAGCAGAUCUUCAAUGAAGUACCCGGCGUCACCUGUAACCCUGUGCAGGGGGCCAUGUACACCUUCCCCCGCAUCGCUCUGCCGCAGAAGGCCAUCGACAAGGCAAAGGAGGAAGGCCAGGUCCCAGACAUGUUCUACUGCAUGAGGUUGCUGGAGGAGGAGGGUAUCUGCCUGGUGCCAGGUAGUGGCUUUGGCCAGAGAGAGGGAACCUUCCACUUUAGGAUGACCAUAUUGCCUCCUACUGAGAAGCUGAAGAUUGUGCUGCAGAAGAUCAGUGACUUCCACGUGCGGUUCACACAAGAGUUUUCAUAGCGAUCAGAAGACCAACUCAUUCAGUGCCAGUAUCUUUAAGUGCCUUUGUGUUAAGGAGGCAGCAGUAAGGCUGCAGUCGAAUAGUCAAAAAAAAACAUCCUUUUUCCAAACCACUUUUCCUUGACGUAGAUGGAAAAUGUCUGAGCCAUGUUACCGUGUCGUUUCAUGCAGGCUAUAUAACCGGGACAACCCAGUGCAAAAAUUACUUCAUUACCAAAAUUGGAAUUAAAAUAAAAGGAUUAUAGGCUACCAGUCACAAAGACAGUCACAUUUUAGAAUGGUUGCUCAAGCUCACCCUACUGUCCUCAUAUUUACCUGCAUAAAUCCAAAUUAGGAUUGUCUGAAAAAUCAUUGUUAAAUUUAUGCAAGAUAGGCGCAUAUAUAUAUAUAUAUUCUUACCAGCCGAAUGAGGCGGCGCUUUAAAUGUUGGGACGGGAUUAUCAUCUUUCGUAAAUGGUCUGGUGUAUCCUAUGCUGAAGGAGAUAAGAAAGCAUUGAUGCACCUUUCCAGAAUUCAACCAUCUCUGAUCAUGGCUGCCAGUUAGAUACUUCCUUUCACUCAGCUAGAAACCUUCCCAAGCAAAAAAAAAAAAGACUAUUCGACUGCAGCACAUCGCCUCCUGCAAUACAUAUCUCUCACCUCAAUGCUGUAAUUCACUGAAUCAGAUGUUUUUACUGUUUUGCAUCAGUGAAGAACCUUGAACGCUUUCUGGUUUAGACUAGUGAGAGAUGGAUGCCCUCCUCAUGUGUAUGUACAGCAUGUGAAGAUGUUAUAUUCAGUAAAAGAUGUACUUUCAUAAAGCAUUAGCCAGCCAGGUUUGUAAUGAUCAAAUGUUCCUAGUGCUGCUGAUUGUAUGUUAUAUAAAGAGUUUAAGAUAACUUACAUGUCCUUGUCACAGCUACAGGUGCAUCCCUGUCCUGCCAAGACUCAUACAGCCAAAUUAGUUUAAAGUAUAUUAAUUUAAUAACUUGAUUGAUUAGCUGUAGCGAAUGCAUCAUGCUGAGGCCUAAAUUGUAGCCAUUUGUAUUACUAAUAUGUAAACUGUUAAAUGUGAUUAAAACACUUGAAUUUCUA